AUGGAUAAGAUUCCACAUACCUUUAAAGAUUGUACACAACCAGUGGAGAAUAAAAAAUGUGUGUACUGUAAUAAAGAAAUUAAAAAGAAACAAAAGGCUGUUUAUUGUACAGUCUGCAAUAUUUAUUUACAUGAAAAGAAAUGUAUUGACAAAUUCCGUAAAGAACCAACUUCAUGUAAGAGACCAAUAAAAGUAGAAGUUGAAAUGCCAUCAGAAGAAGUUGUUCAACAAAAAUUUGCAGUUGUUGCUAAAGAAAUGAAGAUUGAUAAUCCUGAAUUGAUUACUAUCCCGAAUCAAUGGAAGUUAGUUCAAGAAUAUGAAAAGAAACAAAAGAAAGAUAUUAGAAUUCAAUUAAAUGCUCAAAAGACAGGUAAUUGGAGAAAUGCUAUUACUGACCCUAAAUAUCUUGCUGAACUUCUUAAGACAAGAGAUGACAUGGAUUUAUUAAAUGAGAUGGUUGUUGUUUUUCGGUCAUCAUCAGUAUCGUUUAUUAAGACAUUUGUUUCAGUUGGAGGUCUUGCUAAUUUAAUGGCAAUUUAUAAAAAGAAAAUGGAAACAGAAAAUAGUAAUAUAGCAAUUGAUGAAGAGAGAAAAUGUUGUGAAGUUCUUCGAUAUGUUUUUGCUGAAGAAGAUGCUACAGUUGCUUUAAUUGAGAUAGAUGGUGGAGUUGAAUUAUUAUUAAAAGGUAUGAACUCUAAAAGAAUAACACCAGAUAAUCAAUUAGAUAUUUUAUUAGAAAUUACAUUAACAUCAUCUAUGGUAGAACAUCCAAGUCAAGAAGGUUUAUAUCUUGGGGGAGACGUGUGUGUAAUGAAUGCAUUUUCCAACUUAGUUUCUGAAGGAGUUGAUAUGAAAAAGUUCCUUUCAUUUUUCUCAUUAUUUAGUAAGAGUAAAAGUGAAAAAUUUAAACACGCAUCCUUAGUUUUAAUUAAUAAUUUAAUCGAUCAACCUGAAUUGGAACAUCGUAUGGAUGUAAGAAAUAGUUUCAUUGAAAUUGGACUUGUUAAUGAAUUAGAGAAUAUGAAAAAUACAGAAUGGAUGAAAGUAGAUAAAAUUAAAGAUUCUAUUAAUGACUUCUUUGAUAGUUGGGAAGAAGAUAAAAAGGAAGUAGAGUCUCGUUUUGAUGAUCUUAAACAGGUUGUUGAUUUUGAAAGUACUAAAUCAUUGAAUAAUUAUGUUACUGAACAGAUGGACAAAUUUGAAUGCAGUGAUAUUUUGAUGAAUGUUCAUAAAGAAAUAUUAUUCUUUGCUAAAGCAAAAGAAGACAAUUUGUUAUUAAUUAAGAAGAUUGUAAUUCUUACAGGUAUUAUAAGACAAAUAUCUCUUCAAGUCACUAAGAACAAUAAUGAAAAAUCUAAUAAAAAAAAGGUUGAGUCUGGAGACAAUGAAGAAGAAAGAAUUAAAAUUGAUGAAGUUUUUGAUAGAAUGAAACUUGAUUGGGAAAAAGUUACUGUGGAUCAAUCAAUUCUUGAAGACCUUAAUAAGAAAAAACAAGAUUUAAAAAACUCUAAAGAACAGUUACAAAUUACUUUAGAAAAAAUCAAAACCAUAGAAAAAGAAGUAUCGUCAAUAGACCAAGAAAAUUCUGACGUUAACAAAGAAUUAAAUGACAAGAAAGAGAAAAUUCAAGAAAUUGAUACUGAAAGUAAAAAGAUCAAUGAUGAAAUAGAAGAGAUUAAAAAGAAGAUAGAACAAACAAAAAAAGAGUUAGCUUCUAAGCCUAAGGGUAUUUCUGUAUCUGACACUUCUUUAGCUCCACCUCCUCCUCCUGGAGUAAGUUCAGUUCCACCACCUCCUCCUCCUCCUGGAGUAAGUUCAGUUCCACCACCUCCUCCUCCUCCUGGAGUAAGUUCAGUUCCACCACCUCCCCCUCCUCCUGGAAUGCCGGGUAUGCCUCCACCACCUCCCCCUCCUCCUGGAAUGCCGGGUAUGCCUCCACCACCUCCUCCUCCUGGAAUGCCGGGUAUGCCUCCACCACCUCCUCCUCCUGGAAUGCCAGGUAUGCCACCACCUCCCCCUGGAAUGCCAGGUAUGCCACCACCUCCCCCUGGAAUGCCAGGUAUGCCCCCACCUCCCCCUGGUGGAUUUGGAUUUAGACCUGCAGCACCAGUCAUUAACGGAUUAGUUGAUACUCUCCCAAAACCAAAAUCCAAAGUAAAGAAUUUCAUGUGGCAAAAGAUGAAUGACAAAAACUUAAGUGGAACGUUAUUUACUAAGUUAGAUACAUUAGAUAAAACAAAACAAAAACUUGACCUUUCAUUAAUUGAAGCAGCGUUCAAAGUUCCUGAAAAGGUUAAGCCAGUAGCAGAUGCAGCUCCGAAAGAAACGAAAAAACAAGGGCCUAUUUGUAUUCUUGAUGCUAAGAAUAACCAAACCUUUACGAUUUUGCUUAAAGGGUUUAAGAAUAAAACACCAGAAGAGGUUUGUGCGGCCAUUAAUAGUGUAGAUCAAACAGUGUUUGAAGAAACUUCAACAAUAAAAACUAUGUUAAAAGCUCUUGAAGAUGCUAAAGAAGAAAUUGGACAAGUUGAAGAACAUAUUAAAGAGAAAGGAACCGAUAAUUUAGGAAGUGCAGAGAUGUUUGUCCAUGCACUAAAUGGAGUAAGUAAUAUCACCCUUAAAUUAAAUUCGUUCCAAUCAAAAAUGGAACUUCCAGUUAAAUUAGAAGAAGUUGGACCAAAUAUUAAACAUGUUAUAAAAGCUUCAAACCAAUUACUUGAUAGUAAGAAAUUCAUUCAUUUGAUGGAAGUUAUUUUAUUAAUGGGUAAUUUCCUUAAUUCAGGAACAGCAAAAGGUAAUGUUGCAGGAUUUAAGUUUGAAACUCUUAACAAAACUCUUGACACAAAAACUGGUGAUAAUAAAAGAACACUUCUUCAUAUUAUUCAGGAAUACGCUUCAGAAAAGUUAAAAGAUGAAGUAGAUGGAUGGCAAAAUGAGGUUACAGAAAUUCCAUUAGCAGCAAAAGUACCUGGUGCUCAAUUUGAAAGUGAUAUCAAAUCAUUAGAAAAAAUGUACAACGAUAUUCAAACAGCUGUAGGAAAAAUCCCUGAGGAUGGUUCAAAAUUCCAUCCAAUUAUGAAACAAUUCCUUGAAGAAACACGAGGUAAAUUAGAUGCAGUUGCUAAAGACUUUACUGAAAUGAAUGAGAUAUAUAAAAAAGCAAUUCAAUACAUGGCACUUGAUAUUGCUAAACCACCACCCCCUGAAGAAUUCUUUACUACUUUAUCUACUUUUAUUUCAAAUUGGAACCGUGUUACAGAAGAAAAUAAAAAACUUCAAGCACAAAGAGAAAAAGAAGCUAAAAAGGCAGAGGCUGCUGCAGCUAAAAAGGCUGGUAAAAAGAAGGCUUCAUUAGCACCUAUUCCAGGAGAAGAAGGUAAUAUGGUUAAAGGACGUAAACAAAACCCACUAGCAAUGGAAGCAGCUGCUAGUGUUGGUGGAUUGAAAAAAACUGGGUUCACUUUUAAGAAGAAAACAACAAAGGUUUUAAAGACAAUGGACAUCUAA